AUGCCUUCUGUAACAUCAUCUCAUUCUAAUGAGGAAUACCAUAAGAAUUUCAAGCAAAUCACUCUUAAUCGGCUGUUGCAUGAAAUUCUUAGAUCAGACACUAAGUCAAGAAAAUCUUCAUGGGAACAGAGGAUACUGAUCACAGAUGAUCUCACUGUGAAAAUACUGUCUCGCUCGUACAAGGUGAGCGAGGUUGAUCAAGAAGGCUUAUUAUUGGAACAUCUUUACAAAAGAAGGAGCUCAUUCACAUCCUCAGAUGCAAUCUACUUCAUCCAACCAACCGAAAAAAAUGUCAACUUGCUCAUAUCAGACAUGGAUGGAUAUGAACCUUUGUACAGAAAGGCAUUUGUCUUUUUUAGUUCACCUGUUCCAAAAGAAUAUGUUUCAAGAAUCAUUUCCAAGGAUAAACCUGUCUUAUACAGCCGCAUUGGUGCAAUAAGAGAGAUGAACUUGGAGUACAUUCCUAUAGACAGCCAGGGUUUUGUUACCAACAAUGAGAGGUCCUUAGAGGAACUCUAUGGAGGAGAUGAUAAAGAAACGAAUGAAGGGACAACAUGUCUGAAUGUCAUAGCCACUCGAAUCGCCACAGUUUUCGCUUCUUUGAGGGAAUUUCCUUGUGUGCGCUACCGAGCUGCAAAGUCUCUUGAUGCAACUACAACUACGAGUUUUCGCGAUUUAAUACCUGCGAAACUUGCUGCUGGUGUGUUGGACUGUCUUAUGAAAUACAAGAAAACAAUUCCUGAUAAAUUCCCACAAACAGAAACAUGCCAAUUGCUAAUCCUUGACAGAUCUUUAGACCAGAUUGCUCCUAUAAUACAUGAAUGGACAUAUGAUGCAAUGUGCCAUGAUUUACUAAACUUGGAAGGAAACAAAUAUGUGAAAGAGGUUUCUAGCGAAAAUGACUGUCCUACUGAGGAGAAGGAAGUUAUUUUAGAUGAUCAUGAUCAUGUUUGGCUCGAGCUUCGCCAUGCACACAUUGCAGAAGUUGGUGAAAGGUUGCAUGAGAAAAUGACCGGUUUCAUAUCAAAGAACAAGGCCGCACAGAUCCAACUUGGUUCGAGAAAUCAUGAGGAACUAUCCACAUGGGACAUGAAAAAUAUGGCUCAAACAUUGCCACAAUAUAGCAAAGAAAUUGACAAGCUUUCUCUUCAUAUAGAGAUUGCAGGGAAAAUUGACAGAAGUAUCAGGGACCUUGGGCUUAAAGAGCUAGGGCAGCUAGAGCAGAAUCUUGUUUUUGGAGAGGCUGGAUUGAAAGAUGUAUUAAAAUAUUUGACCAAGAAAUAUGACAUUACUGGUUUUGUUGGGUGCACAAGGGAGAACAAGCUGCGCUUGUUGAUGAUUCUUGCAGCAAUAUACCCUGAAAAAUUUGAGGGUGAUAAGGGUGUGAGGUUGAUGAAGUUGGCACAGUUACCACCCCAAGAUUGGAGUGCUGUGACUAAUUUGAGGUUUCUUGUGGGAUCAUCAUCACAUUCAAAACAAAGCCCAACAAGUCCUUUUUCUCUGACCUAUGACAAGAAGAAUCGAGCAGCUCGAAAAGAUCGCGAAGGUGAAGAAGAAAAAACAUGGCGAUUCUCGCGCUUCUAUCCCAUUAUAGAGGAACUUAUUGAAAAACUUAACAAAGGUGAACUCUCAGAAAUAGAUUAUCCAUGGUUGAAUAAACCAAGUCCAACUUCACCACCAAUACAUCAUCAAACCCCAGCUGCUAAUUUAGUGAGAUCAAAACGUACACCAACAUGGGCUCGAUGUCAGUCCUUUCAUGACAAGUAUUCAAAUGAUUCCAAGAAGAUGGGGCAACGAAUUUUUGUAUUCAUGAUUGGUGGAGCUACUAGAUCAGAGCUAAGGGUUUGCCAUAAGCUUACAAGUAAGCUGAAAAGAGAAGUUGUCCUAGGCUCUACAAGUCUUGAUGAUCCUUUAGAAUUUAUUAUGAAGUUGAAGAUGUUAACAGCACAUGAUGAAAUUUAG